AUGGACGAGGUCAGCAUCCUGCAGAUCUGCAUAUCAAACUUCAAGGAAGAUGAGGUAUGCAGUGGCAAGGUGCUGUUGUUCCGGUCUGUCGGGAAGGCCGACAAGAUGGCAUCAACACGGAGGGAUGGUACUGAGAAGAGUAUGCAGGACAUCAUCACCCUGCUGAAGGAAACCGAUCCGGACGAUGUGCCUACAUUCGUAGCGAAGGAGCUGCACAAGCUGCCCCCCGUCACUUUCAACCACGUCGACGUCGCCAGACUGCAGAAGGACAUCAACUUCCUGAAAGCGAGUCUGGCCGAUGUAGUGAGCAUGUUAGAGGACUCUAACAACACCAUAGUUGAGUUGCGUGCUCAGGUAGCGUUAUUAAGUAGCGCAGCCGGUGCAAGUAGGUCACCCGAGGCGUCUAAGGUGAACGCACGUCGCGGGGCGCAAAAUGCAUCUAUCGGCAGUAUUGAGUCGGUGCCUGUCAGUGCGUCACCGGCCGCCGUCAUCGCGCGCGAUGCCUCGCUCCCCGCCACUGCUGCCCGCCCCUCUGCCUCGCCGGAGACGUCACGCGCAUGCACGUCCACACCGCAACGUGCUUAUGCAGUUGCAGCCGCCAGCCGGCAUGCCGAUGUGUAUCCAAAAGAGAAGAAUAGCAAACUCUGCGUAAAACGUGCUGCUCCGGCAGUGUCACAAAAUCAGAUUUGCGUCGAAGAGGGCUUCAUCAAGGUGGAAAGGAAGAAGAGGAAGCCCGCUUGCCGCAAUUUGUGUGGUGUUGCCCCGACCGGACCGAACCAACUGCUGCGUCCUGCAAUACCGACGACGCCGCUGUACGUGUCCCGACUGCACUACUCUACGAAGGAAGAGGAGAUCGUAGAGUACCUGCGAGUGAAGACGGAAGUUCUCCCUGAGGGUCGCACGGUUGGAGUCCCGUCACAAUGUGAAUUUUAA